AUGGCAUCCAAGUAUGGCACCAUCGUCAUGGGUCCUGCCGGCGCGGGCAAAACGACUUUCUGCACAGCAAUGAUCCAACACCUCAAGAACAACCGCCGAUCAUGCUUCUACAUAAACCUCGACCCGGCCGCCGAAGACUUCGCAUACGAGCCCGACGUCGACAUCAAGGAUCUCAUCUCCCUCGAGGACGUCAUGGAAGAGCUGCAUCUGGGCCCGAACGGUGGUCUGAUCUACUGCUUCGAGUUCCUCAUGGAGAAUCUCGACUUCCUGACUGAUCCGCUGGAAGAUGUCACCGAAGAGUACCUGAUCAUCAUCGACAUGCCUGGCCAGAUCGAGCUAUACACCCAUGUUCCGAUCGUACCUCAGCUCAUUCAGCAUCUCACAAGAGGAAGUCUCAACAUCAGCAUGUGCGCUGCAUAUCUUCUGGAGAGCUCUUUCAUCGUGGACCGCGCAAAGUUCUUCUCUGGCACUCUCAGCGCCAUGAGCGCCAUGAUCAUGAUGGAGCUGCCUCAUGUGAAUAUUCUGAGCAAGAUGGAUCAAGUGAAGGGACAAGUUGCGAGGAAAGAGCUGAAGCGCUUCAUCGAUCCGGAUACCAGCUUGCUUCAAGACGCGCCGGAGAGCGGGCUCGUCUAUGAGUUUAAGGAGGACCUGGACAACCACGAUGCAGACAAAGUGAAGGACAUAAUGACUGGGACGUCUUUCGCGAGGCUCAAUCAAGCAGUCGGGCAGCUGAUCGAUGACUUCAGCUUAGUAUCGUUCCUGAAGCUUGAUGCGCAAGACGAAGACAGCGUCGGGGCAGUACUCAGCUACAUCGACGAUGCGAUACAGUUUCAUGAGGCUCAAGAGCCAAAGGAGCCAAAUGACGAUCUUGGCGAUACAGAGAUGGGAUGA